AAACCAAGUUCAAAACAGGAACAACAAUAAUUAUUGCGUCUGUGGUCAUCUGUCAUCGCUGACAAGUGUCAACUGUCAAGUUUUUCAUCUAAACUUCAGAUCGAAACUCGGAAUUAUUUUCAAUUCAUAGAGUUACGUAAAAACAAACCAUGUUUAAAGUGAUCAGCCAUACGGCGAAUUUGACUCGAAGUCAACUAUCGAGAUCUUUGCCUGCGUUCUCAACCAGUGCCACUCGUUUAGCUGGUGAUCCAACCUCUCGCAAGGAGGCUCCAAUAAUUGAUAAUGAGUCGGUGCUAACUCUUCCUGAGAAAGCGAAAGAGAGAAAAGCUCUUGACACCGCCAUCGUUGUCCCUGUAAAGGUGGACUUAUCACCCAUCACUGGCGUACCCGAGGAACAUGUUAAAACUCGCAGGGUCCGUAUCUACCAACCAGCCAAAAAUGCGAUGCAGAGCGGCACUAACAACAUCCAUCAUUGGGAAAUGGAGUUUGACACGCGCCAGCGUUGGGAGAACCCUCUCAUGGGCUGGACAUCCACUGGCGACCCUCUCUCAAACAUGAAGGUACAGUUCUCCUCACCAGAUGAGGCCAUUGAGCAUUGCGAGAAGAACGGUUGGAUCUGGUAUUUGGACAUACCAAAGACGGAGAAGCAGUUCAAACCUAAGAACUAUGGUGUCAACUUCUCAUGGAACCGUCGUACACGAGUCUCAACGAAGUGAAAUGUUGGUAUAAAUUAUUUUGUUAAUUUUAUUACUAUAGACCUUUGUUAGAGAAUUUCAUGAGUUGAAUAUAUGGCAAGAAUA